GGCAGCCGCAGCGGCUUUACAGCUUCCUGUGCUGAUGCGCCCAAGUGAAAGAGGGUAUAAGAUGCUGUCUUUCCCGGCUGCUGGAGUUAUUUUAUUACUAGCUUGGAUUUAUCCAAGUGACAGCCUUUAUUUUCAUAUAGGGGAGACGGAGAAAAAAUGUUUCAUUGAAGAAAUUCCGGAUGAGACCAUGGUUAUUGGAAAGUACAGGACUCAACUGUGGGACAAGCAAACCGGCUCCUUCCUCCCAGCCACCCCUGGUCUUGGGAUGCAUGUGGAGAUCAAGGAUCCAGACACAAAGAUCAUCCUUUCACGUCAGUAUGGAUCAGAUGGACGGUUCACAUUUACCUCCCAUACACCUGGAGAGCAUCAGAUCUGUUUGCAUUCAAACUCUACCAAGAUGGCUCUAUUUGCAGGGGGAAAACUGAGAGUGCAUCUGGACAUACAGGUGGGGGAACAUACCAACAACUAUCCUGAAAUUGCAGCUAAGGACAAACUCACCGAGUUGCAGCUACGAGUCCGACAGCUGCUCGACCAAGUCGAACAGAUCCAGAAGGAGCAAAACUACCAGAGGUAUCGUGAGGAGCGCUUUCGCAUGACAAGUGAGAGCACCAACCAGCGUGUUCUCUGGUGGUCCAUCGCUCAAACAGUCAUCCUCAUCGUCACUGGUAUUUGGCAGAUGAAGCACUUGAAGAGCUUCUUUGAGGCCAAGAAACUGGUGUAACAUGAUUGUGAGCAGAAUCAGGAAACGACACGAGCAGACAGACUUUGCUCACCCAAACAAAGAGGUGUAGGAGGAGACACUUGGUCCUAAUAUUAGCCAUAAAUGGUACGAGCAAAUCUGCAGAUACAAUUUUGUGUCCCGGGUAAUGUGGCUUUUUCCUUUCCUUUUAGUUUUUCCACAGUAACUCAAAAUGGUUUGUUGUGUAAUCCUGACAACACUGGACGUGUCACUUUUCUAUCUUAAAGUGCAGGAAAAAGCUUUUUUUGUGAUUGUAUAUGAAAAAAAAAUGAGAAUGCUGAAGUUGUUACAAGUAUUUAAUUUUGGUCAUUGGUAGUAUUACACAUAGUUUCACACAGGUUUUGUAACUUUUAACCGUAGGAUUUCAGCUGUACUCGUCAGGUACAUACAUUUCUGCAUAUACUAUAAAGCCUUUGGUCCCUUUUGCACCCCUUUCAGUGCUUGACUUUAAGUCCGAGUUAGUAUUUAUAAGCAGCAUAAUAAAUAGUUUGUAAUUAUUCCAGAGCUGUGUUAAAUACACACAUACAGGUAUUCAAAGAUUAACUCACGAUAUUUUGCCCGCAAUAGCGUUGACAUCAUGAUUCUGUGAUAUACAUUAGGUUGAUUUAUUCAGUGAAUUGUGAGUUUCUAUAGCUAUAUUUAGCUAUAUAUUAUAAUAUUUAUUUAACCUAUUGAAUAUUUUAGAGCUACAGCUUUAAUAUUGUUUCAGGUGCUUUACAGAAGCUAUACUGAUAUUAAACCACUUGUCGAGAUAGGCUUAGUUAUACUAUAAACCUUUUAUAUGCUGCUUGUUUGUGUGAAAUGAAAUGUUAAAGUGUUACCAUCCAUCCUUCUACAGACUGUGUAUUGUUUGUAGAUGUAUCUGUAGAGCCAGUUUAUGAUAUUAACAACAGGAAUGUGUGUAUAGAUACUGGCUGCCCUUUUCUAAUGCCUUUUACAAGGAUUUAAUAGUACAAGAGCCUCUACACUUAUCAUUCCUGACACUAGAUUGUGUUUCAACAAAACUUAUUUAUUGAACAGUUGUGACUUUUUUUUUUUUGCUGGGCUAGAGCCAAGUUGACUCUCAAACAUUAGCAGGACAGCAUUUUAAGAUUUCUGAUCAUUUCUUAAAUGCAGAGCUUAGAUCCAAUUGCAGAUCCAUAGACAUCAUAUGCACUAAAGCCUUUUCAGAAAUGUUAAAUUGCCACUCUGGAAAUAUUCUGUUUUUUACUGUGGUCCGGGUGCCUGUUUCACAUGCUUAAUAAAAAAAUAAUAAAAAAAAAAAGUUAAAAAGA